AUGGUAUAGAAAGAAUAUUUUGGAGGGAUUGUUGUCGGAGGCCGGUAUGCUCAUGUCUCUCCCGUCGAAAGUUUGCCUUCACCAGCUGAAGCUGCUUUCACAUCAUCAGGGUUUCAAUCCCAGCAUUCCUAGGGUUCCCACAUUCCACAAACUCAACUAUUUCUCCCAAUUCCACCACCAUCAUCGUCAUCUGCGUUUCUGCUCAAUCAAUGGCCAUGCUGGUGCUUCUGGCAUGUCAAAUGGUCAUGACUACUCUGCCAACCAUGAAGACUCAAGUGCAAAGGGCGAAAAUGGUGAAGGAGAACUGCACACAUCAAAAGAUCUUCUAAAGAAACUGAAGAGAUAUGGAAUUUCUGGAAUAUUAUCCUAUGGACUCCUGAAUACUGCAUACUAUCUUACGACGUUUCUCUUGGUAUGGUUUUAUAUUGCUCCAGCACCAGGAAGGAUGGGUUAUUUGGCGGCAGUUGAAAGAUUUGUCAAAAUCAUGGCUAUGGUGUGGGCAGGCAGCCAGGUCACUAAACUUGUCAGAGCUGGAGGGGCCCUUGCACUUGCACCUAUUGUAGAUAGAGGAUUGUCAUGGUUUACAUUAAAAUUCAAGUUUGAGUCUCAGGGAAAGGCUUUCACGGCGAUUGUCGGAUUUUGUUUCGGGCUAGCUCUCAUUCUAUUCUUCAUUGUGACAUUGCUUUGGGCAUGACACAUUUUUCAGUAUUUUUCUCAAUCAUCCAGGCGGAGAACCUCUUUCAUUAACUAGUAUUUCUGAAACUCAUAAGUUGUUAUUCUUUUUCAUAGUUCGGUCAGU